ACACACACUUCCUGCCUCUCUAGGAACCAGAAUUCGGUUCCUUUACCCACUAGAGGACUGAGUCUCUCUAUCUCUCGCCGCUCUCCUCCUCCUCGUCCCCCCCCGCCCUGCAGUUGUGUUGGGGCUGCUGUUGUGUGAUCACAGAUUAUGGAGUGGGGGGAGAAUAAGUAGGGUUGGCAUAUUGCUCGGUUAGCCGAGUUUUACUCGGAUUCUAUCCAUGUCACCCAGUGCCCCUCCUAGUCCAUUAGGUGGCCAGGACUCUCAGGUUCAAUUUUUUUUAAAAAAAAAGGUUUCUAGGUGGUUCUUGAGAACCAGUAAGUGAAGCCAGGGUUGUCUUUGGUUGACUUUCAGGCAGUGCUAGAAGAUCUCAUUGCAACGUAAGAAAAUGGUGGUCCCCCCCCCUUAUCUGAAAAUCUCAUAAAUUGGGUAUAAUCUCAUUUUGCUAGAAUGCAGGAAGCCUUUAAAAUGAAGAGUAACCAAGGAACAAUCUGUAGUAAGGAAAGAGAAUUUUUGUAUGAAUUCAGCGCUGGAAACCAGCAUUUUGUGCUUACAGUUCCACUGAAAUUCCCAGUGAAAGAAAAUGCUAGCCAUUUCCAUAACCGUCUAAUGCUCCCUCACAGCUUGCCAUGCUUCAUAGAAAAUGAUUUAAAAGUAUCCCUUAAUAGAUUCAUUGAGGAGGAAUCCAUAAAAGAUUUUGAUAUAGAAGCAGAAGAAGCCCUGGAAGCUGUGAAGUCCAGUAAAGUAGAUUUACAUCAGCUGGCAAAUGCUUGGGACAAAACCUACAGUGAGGCAACGUUGGAACAUGCAAGACCAGAAGACCCAAGCUGGGAUGAAGAUUUUGCAGAUGUCUAUCACAAUCUUAUCCAUUCUCCUGCUUCUGAAACCCUGUUAAAUUUGGAACACAAUUAUUUUGUUAGCAUCUCAGAAUUAAUUAGUGAAAGUGAUGUGGAGCUGAAAAAAUUACGAGAAAGGCAAGGUGCUGAGAUGGAUAACAUGAUGCAAGAACUAGGAAAGUCAUUAACAGAUCAAGACAUAAACAUGCUGGCAGCUCAGCACUUUGACUCCCAGCAGGUGUUGGAGAACAAGUGGAACAAUGAACUGAAACAAACUGCAGCUAUCCAGAAACAGGAAUAUCGGGAAUGGGUGAUAAAACUUCACGAGGACCUGAAAAAUCCCAAUACCACUAUUGGUGAUGAAAUAAAUGUUCAACCCAAUCAGUGGAGGGAAUCCGUAGAAAGCAAUGGAAGACUUUUUGAAGACCAGAGACAGUUGGAAGAAAGUUUCACUAUUCAUUUGGGAGCACAAUUGAAAACCAUGCAUAACCUGAGAUUACUGAGGGCAGACAUGCUGGACUUCUGCAAGCACAAGCGCAGUCAUCGCAGUGGAGUCAAACUCCACAGGCUUCAAACUGCACUGUCACUCUAUUCAACUUCCCUCUGUGGCCUGGUCUUGUUGGUGGAUAAUCGCAUCAGUUCAUACAGUGGCAUUAAGAAAGAUUUUGCGACAGUUUGCCAGGAAUGCACAGAAUUUCACUUUUCUGGGAUUCAAGAGCAACUUGAAGUUGUUCAGCAGAUUGUACUUUAUGCCAGAGUGCAACACAGCAAUAACUCCAAAAGACUGCAUGCAGGAGCCCAGUUUAGUUUUUUGACUAGUCAAAAAACAUCAGUAACAAAUUCCGGAAACAGAAACAGUGGCAAUGAAGAUAAGACUAAGAAUAUAGAACAAAACCAAUCAAAUAUUUUACCUGGAGAAUUUUACAUCACCCGCCAUUCAAAUCUCUCUGAAAUUCAUGUUACUUUUCACCUCUGUGUGGAUGAUAAUGUGAGGUCAGGUAAUAUUUCUGCCCGGGAUCCUGCAAUAAUGGGCCUCCGAAAUAUCCUCAAAGUGUGUUGUACACAUGACAUUACUACAGUUAGUAUUCCUCUUCUGCUGAUACAUGAUAUGUCUGAGGAAAUGACAAUAUCUUGGUGUCUGAAAAGGGCAGAGCUUGUAUUUAAGUGUGUUAAAGGAUUCAUGAUGGAAAUGGCUUCAUGGGAUGGAGGGAUUUCUCGGACUGUUCAAUUCCUAGUACCCCAGAGUAUUUCUGAAGAAAUGUUUUAUCAACUGAGUAAUAUGCUGCCACAGAUUUUCCGUGUCUCAUCUACACUCACUCUGACAACCAAACACUGAGUGGUCUCAAAAAGGAACUACAGGAAGGCAACACUGGAUUCCUUUUAAUACAUUAAGCACCUCCUUGUUAGUGGUGACCUGAAUGUGAUUGUUGUGCAAGUUCCUUUUAAAAGAUGGGAUUCAAAGACAUCCGUUUAACACGCAAGAUACUUUAAUGCUUGCACAAGAGGGAGUGGUGGUUUGUUGACUCCCCACCUUCUGUAUGCAGUCCCUCCUACCAUAUUGAAUGCUGUUCUGAGAGAAGCUUCGGAAACAGUCUGGAGAAGGACAGAAAGAACUGUUGUAGGAAAGGCAGGGGCUGAAAAGCCUAGUGUGUUGUAUGGAAGAUCAUGCUGCAUUAUAUUUUUGAGUAUAGAAAUAUAAUUGUCAAAAAGAGAUCAGUCCUUUUUUGUAGAUGGGAUUUAUUGACAAACUUUUUCUCAUAUUUCAUCUUGUAUAACAUUGAUCUGCUUACCUUGGUGUUAAUAAGUGUCUUGGUGACAGUUGACAUUUUGUGUUUUUAUGUUGUAGAAAUGGUUACAACUUGCUUCAGCACACAGGUUGCAGUCCUAAGCUCAUGUAGGCUGAUUGCUCCUGGGAACAGUAGCCUAUAGCCUCCCCACCCCCCAUAAUGUUUUGUACAACUUACCUGUGUCCAGACACCAUGACAUUGUGCAUUUCCCUGCCUCUAUUCCAUAUCGUUAACGACUGCUACUGACUGCUGGCAAGAUGCAGAGUUUCAGAAUAUGAGUAAGUUGUGCUAAACAUUAUCAAGGGAGAGGAGGAAAUUGUACAUGUUACUCCUGUUUUCAGUUGCAGCCGUGUGUAUAUUGUAACAUCCGAUCUGAUUUAGAAGCUAAUUCAGUGAGCUCAUUGCAACUUCCUUCCAAGUGGACUUGAAGCUUAAUAGAGUGUUGGACUUGUUCUGUAAUAUGUAAUAAAGAAUGAAAUGUGAUAAACAAAACUUUUUAGAAGUAUGAUAUAUUUAAAUAAAAUCACAAAAUCGUCUUGGUUAUAAAAAUUAAA